UUGUUUAUAAAAAAAGAAAAAAGAAAAAACGAACGGUGUUGAUAAAGCUCUCUCUCUAAUCUCAGUCGUCUCCUACCUCCUUCCUUCUCCAGCGUCCGAUCUUCCUCCAUUCUCACCCGAUCUAAAGCCUCUCCCUCUCUCGCGCCCAAUUUUACAAAUCCCAACUACUCUACUGGGUUUCGGGUUUGCAGCGAUGGCUGAAGCUCCGGCGAGUCCAGGUGGAGGAAGUCACGAGAGCGGCGGCGAUCAGAGCCCGCGGUCUAAUGUUCGUGAGCAGGAUCGGUAUCUUCCGAUAGCUAAUAUUAGUCGGAUCAUGAAGAAGGCUCUUCCUGCUAAUGGAAAAAUCGCUAAGGAUGCCAAGGAGACUGUACAGGAGUGCGUCUCUGAGUUCAUCAGCUUCAUCACAAGCGAGGCUAGUGAUAAAUGCCAGAGAGAAAAGAGGAAGACAAUUAAUGGGGAUGACUUGCUUUGGGCUAUGGCUACUUUAGGGUUUGAAGACUAUAUUGAUCCACUAAAGAUUUAUUUGACUAGAUACAGAGAGGUAAAGAAUAUGGCCUCACAUGUUUAUUAUUAUCAUUAUUAUGAACUUUUUUUUUGGGUGAUGUUGAUCUUUUUGGUUAUGAAAGCUGAAAUCUUUUUAUGUUUUUACCUUCAAUUUCUAAGCUUUAGCAUUUAUGAUAUGUAGUUAUGUAAUUUAAUUUGGAUAUAGGCUUUUCUUUACAAUCUUAAGCUAACAAGCUCAUUUAUUCUUCUUCUUUUUAUUAUCAUGAAUUUUUUUGGGUGAUUUUGAUUUUUUUUGUUUAAGAAAGCUGAGAUCUUUUUAUACUUUCUUCUUCAAUUUCUAAGCUUUAUGAUAUGCAGUUAUGGAGUUUAAUUUGGAUAUGAGGAUUUCUUUACAAGCUUAAACUAACAAGCUCAUUUUCUCCCUUUUUGUUUUCUUUGGUUGCUUUUGGGUGUCACAUGUGGGAUGUUGCAGAUGGAGGGUGACACCAAGGGUUCUGCAAAAGGUGGAGAUUCAUCCACGUCCACUAAGAAAGAUAUUCACCCUAGUCCAAAUGCUCAGAUUGCACAUCAAGGCUCUUUCUUGCAAGGUGUUAAUUAUGCAAAUUCUCAAUCACAGGCUCAACAUAUGAUGGUUCCUAUGCAAGGCUCGGAGUAGGUAAUAGAUAUCGAUUCUUCUUCAAUUCAUGCCAUAAUUCAAUUCAGUUUUCCAUUGAAGAAGAUAUUGGUCCGUGCCCCACCAACAAAUUUCAUAGUAAGCUAUUUGUCUAAUGUGAACACACUGACAUCUUGGGUUGGUUCUGAUUCCCAUGUCUAAUUAUAUUGUGGUAAUGCUUGUAUAUUUAGGAGAUCAUUUGGUUGGGUAGAUUUUACUAUUAAAAGAUUGUGCUGUGUAAAUCUUAGCCCUAUCUAGUAAUUUGCCAUCUUAUCUGUACAACUGUUUAUUUCUAGGACUAUUGAUAUACUGGUUUGGAAAAAUUCAUGCUAUAUUUUCAUA